CGUCCAGGCGAGCGAUGGCUGCGAAUCCUGCAGGGCCGAGCGCCCGCGAGAUCUUCUCCACUCUGGAGUACGGGCCGGCGCCAGAGAGCCACGCAUGCGCACUGGCCUGGCUAGAUACCCAGGAUCGCCUCUUGGGCCACUAUGUAAAUGGGAAGUGGCUAAAACCAGAACAUGGGAAUUCCGUGCCAUGCCAGGACCCCGUCACAGGAGAGAAUUUGGCCAGUUGCCUCCUAGGAGAGCCUGAUGAUGUGGCUGCGGCAGUGAAAGCAGCCUUGGCUGCGCUCGGAAGCUGGAGCAGAGUCCCUGGAGGGGACCGGGCCCAGCACCUGACCAGGCUGGCCAAGAUGAUCCAGAGAAACCAGCAGCUGCUAUGGACACUGGAUUCCCUGUUCACUGGGAGAGUCGUUCGGGAAGUGCGAGAUGGGGACAUCCCACUGGCACAGCAGUUGCUCCAGUACCAUGCAGUCCAGGGCCAUGUCCAAGAGGAGGUGCUGGCAGGCUGGAAACCCAUGGGAGUUAUUGGACUCAUCUUACCACCUACGUUCUCCUUCCUGGAGAUGAUGUGGAGGAUUUGCCCUGCCUUGGCAGUGGGUUGCACUGUAGUGGCCAUUGUCCCCCCAGCCUCCCCAACCCCCCUCCUCCUGGCCCAGCUGGCAGGGGAACUCGGUGCCUUCUGCGGGAUCCUCAAUGUCAUCAUUGGCCCUGCCUCCCUGGGUGCUGCUCUGGGCUGCUGUCCUGGAGUGCGGAAGGUGGCAUUCUGUGGGGCUGUGGAGGAAGCACGUGUCCUGCGGCAGAGUCUGGCAGGCCAGAGGCUGGAGCUGAGCCUGGCUCUGGGCGUGGAGUCGCUGAUGCUGCUCACAGACUCGGCCGACAUAGACUCGGCUGUGGAGGGCGUCGUGGACGCAGCCUGGUCUGACCGCAGCCCGGGAGGCCUCAGGCUUCUGGUCCAAGAGUCUGUGUGGGAGGAAACCAUGAAGCGACUCCAGACAAGGAUGGGGAAACUACGUAGCGGCCAGGGACUGGACGGGGCCGUGGACAUGGGGACUCGCGGGGCUGCUGCCUGUGAUGCAGCCCAGCGCUAUGUACAAGAGGCCCGGAGCCAGGGCGCAGAGGUGUUCCAGGCUGUCCCUGUGUCCUCAGCCAGCCCAUUCUAUCCUCCAACAUUGGUCUCGGGUCUGCCCCCCGCAUCACCGUGUGCCCAGUCAGAAGUGCCGUGGCCACUGGUCAUGGCCUCCCCUUUCCGCACAGCCAAGGAGGCGCUGGUGGUGGCCAACAGCACACCCUGGGGAGGCAGUGCCAGCGUGUGGAGUGAGAGGCUGGGGCAGGCGCUGGAGCUGGGUUAUGGGCUCCAGGUCGGCACAGUGUGGGUCAACACUCAUGGCCUCAAAGACCCUGCAGUGCCCACGGGUGGCUGCAAGGAGAGCGGGUCUUCCUGGCACGGGGGCCCAGAUGGUCUGUAUGAGUACCUGCAGCCCUUGGGGGCCGCUGAUCGGCUGCCCUUUGUUUACGAGCAUCUGAACUAUGACAGCUUUGGUCUCGCUGUGCCCAAGACCCUGCCAGCAGGGCCCGAAACAGGACCCAGCCCAGUGCCUCCCUACGGACUCUUCGUGGGGGGCCGAUUCCAGCCUCCUGGGGCCUGGAGUUCCAGGCCCAUCUGGGACACCUCUGGCCAGCUGCAUGGCUACGUGGCUGAAGGUGGAGCCAAGGACGUGCACAGCGCCGUGGAAGCCGCUCACCAGGCUGCCUCUCGCUGGGAGCGUCAGUCUCCGGUGGCCCGAGCAGCCCUCCUAGUGGCAUUGGCGGCUGCGCUGGAACGCAGGGGAGCUGACCUGGCCUCAAGGCUGCAGCGGCAUGGAGCUGAGCUUCAGGCUGCUAAGGCGGAGGUGGAGCUCAGCACCAGACGACUCCGGCUGUGGGGGGCGCAUGCCCAGGCUCAGGCCCAAGGCCACACCUUGCAGGUAGCAGGGCUCAGAGGCCCCGUGCUGCGGCUCCGGGAGCCGCUCGGUGUGCUGGCAAUCGUGUGCCCUGACGCGUGGCCUCUGCUUGCCUUCGUGUCCCUGCUGGCCCCCGCCCUGGCACACGGCAAUGCUGUGGUCUUGGUGCCCAGCAGGACCUGUCCCCUGCUGGCCCUGGAGGUCUGCCAGGAUGUGGCCUCCGUGUUCCCUGCUGGCCUGGUGAAUGUGGUGACGGGAGAUGGAGACCAUCUGACGCGCUGCCUGGCCUUGCACCAGGAUGUCCAGGCCCUGUGGUACUUCGGAUCUGCCCAGGGCUCCCAGUUCGUGGAGUGGGCCUCAGCAGGAAACCUCAAGUCUGUGUGGGUGAACUGGGGCCACCUGCGGGCUUGGGAUCAGGAGCCCCAUGGGGCAGGCUCAGAGCUGGAGCUGCGGGCAGCGCGAACCAAGGCCCUGUGGCUGCCCAUGGGGGACUGAUGCCCGGAGCUAAGACGGCCCUAGCGGACUCCAGGCGCCUGGAACUUUCUUCUUGUGGUCCUGUGUCCUGCAAUAAACUGUCUGACCAAGCCCGGCUGCGCUGGAGGGC